CCUGCCAAACCUACACCGACCUCCCUGGACCACGAAGACAGUCGAAAAUCACACUAAGGUCGAAAAACUCGCUACGGGUCACGCUUCGGAGGAGCACCGCACCGCACCGACGCGGCGACGACGCAUCACCAGCCCACGAGCGACGGACGAGCGCACCCGAAAAAUAACGAGAGCGAGAGGAGGCUCAAUCACCCUCAAUCCCUCACUCCUUCCUUUUCCGUGAAGAUGCUGCAAUCGCCUUUGAAAAAGCGACGACUCUCGCGGAUUUGAUUUACCCCCAAGUUUCCAAUGAAACGCCUACACUUGGAAUGCAACCGACGAUGGCUUUGACUCCACCCGACCAAGGCGAAGUGCCUUGAUUUUUGAGAAUUCUGAGGAAUAGAUCAAGAAGCAUCCAGCUUUUCAAGAUGAUGGGAUCUUUCAUUACCAGGGGAGUUAUAAUGUUACUUGGCUACGUGUAUCCGGCGUAUGAAUGCUUCAAAGUUGUAGAGAGGAAUAGACCCGAUUUGGAGCACCUGAGAUUUUGGUGUCAGUACUGGAUUAUAAUUGCAUCUCUUACAGUGUUCGAACGUGUGGGAGAUAUUUUUGUUUCUUGGGUGCCAAUGUAUAAUGAAGCAAAACUGGCUUUCAUCAUUUAUCUUUGGUAUCCAAAGACACUGGGGACAACGUAUGUCUACUCAUCCUUCUUAAGACCCUUUGUGGUUAAGCACGAGUCGGAGAUUGAUCACCAGCUGAAUGAGUUGACUACCAGAGCUGGAGAUCUAGCCUUCUUCUGGUGGCAACGAGGUUCAGCUUACAUUCAAGCUCAGGUUUAUCAGAUUUUAGCUUACGUUGCCUCGCAGUCAAAUAGAACUCAGCAGGGUACAGUUGUCCGUCAGGUUCCUCCAGCUGCCCGUCAAGCCUCUAUUUUUCGUCCGAACGCCCAAAUUCCUCGUGGACCCCCACGUGAUCCUCCACAGGGUGACACUCAAGUUCAUCCACCUCCAGUAGGAAGAUUUCCUGGACAUACCCCAGGAGGUGCUGGUUAUCCUGCGUUGAAUGUUGAAGAACUUCAUCCUCCUGCCGCACUUCAGGCUGGCACUACUCUGUAUCCUCCUGUGGCUGGUGAAGCUGGUCCAGACCUUUACCCUCCUCCUCCUGGACCCAAUUUCACGGGCUCUGCCCACCGGCGGCGUGGACGUGGAGCAGGAACAGAGUCAGCUGCCCUUCUCUCAGAAAACUCAGAUUCAGAUUAUGAUGUUGUUGAACACAGUGCAGAGAACUGCCCGGAAAGUCGUCCAGAAAGUCAGUUGGAGAAAAAGUCCCAGCAAUCACAUCCUUCGAUUGGAGAGGAAGGUGUGCCCUUAAAAGUAUAUAACACGAGAAAUCGUCUGCGAUCUGGAGGUUCUCGGAGUUUAUCCGAAUGGUUACCUUGGCUUGGUUCUACACCUUCCGGGAAGGAUGAUUGAGGUUCAUCUUGUCACCUCUGGAGCAAUUUCCAUUGUAUAUCCUUCAUCCUUUCUGACGUCCCCACUUUCAACAACUUCGAAUUGUCUUUUAUACGUCCCUACUUCACAGUAAGUGUAAAAUGCUUCACUGUCCCUGAAGGCGUCAGCUAUCUUCUUCUUUCAGGACCUCAGCGCAGGGAUCAUUAAAAACGAGUUUUUACGGGUGGACUGUUGGGGUCACACUGCUCAGGUCCAGACAUCUUUGACACCGAAGGGCGUCAAAGCUAGAGUAGUUCUGGUGGCUUUUCUACUUGCUUUUCUUAUGGCCCGUUGUAUUUUAUACGUUUUAGAUGACUUCAAGUGUGUCUUAAAAUGCAGUAUAUUAGUUUCGCACAUACUGUCUCAGAAUAUUUUGGUACAUCUAAGGAUUCAGCUGUUUUUAAUACUACAAACUUUAUAUGCAUACAACUAAAAGUUGCCUGAUUAAGUACGA